AUGGCCGCCCUCCUCCACAAGCUGGCAGGCAGGGGCAGCCUACAGGUGGAUCCAGCUAUCCAGGUAGACAGAAUCGAGCCUUCAACCUCACCUAGAAGAUGGACUGUAACGAGCCAGUUGAGAGUCACCGCUCUGGCUGCUGACGACGGUAGACUGUUCUCCUGUCAGGCCGUUCAUCCCACGCUGGAGAACGGCCCUACCUCCCUCGUCGCCUCCGUCACCCUCUCUGUGUUGCACACACCAGGACCUCCCAUCAUCACAGGAUACGACCCCUCAGAAGUCCUAUUAGCUGGAGAAAGAAGAACUCUCUCAUGCAAGUCGUCCGGGGGUAAUCCACGACCCUGGGUGUUGUGGUACCGCCAGGGACGACUACUAGACGACACCACGACCACCCUACGUGCUGGCGGUGGCGUGGACGACCUGGAGGAGGUACAAGGGGUGGUGAACGACCAUGAGUUAGCGGUGACGCCAGGGGAGGACGGGGCCGUGUAUGAGUGCCGGGUUACCAGCGAUUUACUGGAGUUUCCCCUCACGUCUAAUGUUACCCUCACUGUCUACUACGCACCAUCCAGUUUAACCAUCAAAGGACUGACUCAGGUGGAGGUGGGAGGAGCCGUCAACCUUACCUGUGAGACGAGUGACUCCAACCCUCCAGCCUCCCUCACCUGGACCAUCCAAGGUGAGGUACAGGAACACAGCAAGUCGGUGGUCGGGAAGGAUGGGUCGGGAGGUUGGGUGACCUCCUCCCACCUCAUCCACCGCACUGUGACCUCCAACAACCAGAGUGAGGUCACCUUAGAGUGCCGUGCCCUUAAUCCCGCUAUACAGGAGGUCAUUAAGAAGACUACUGUAGUUACUAUUAUAAGACCAGCAGGCCGGCCGGUGUUCGAGGCAGACCUUAACGAUGACCUGAUGGCUGGCACCAGCCUUGACCUGACCUGUGUGAGUGUGGGAGGUCAUCCACCGCCCUCUAUCAGGGUAUUCAAGGGCGAGGAGGAGCUGGCGACGGAGACGAGGACGGAGGCUGGGCUGACGAGGGCGAGGUUGGAGGUGGAGCUGACCCCAGCUGACAAUGGUGUGGAGGUCAGCUGUCAGGUGGAUAACCCAGCACUCUCCACUCCCCUCCACACCGCCUCCACCCUGUCUGUCCUCUUUCCACCCUGGGAUGUGUCUGGCAGAGUCACCCCGACCACCGUGGAAGAAGGAAAGGUGGCCACGCUUACCUGCGAGGCCAGCUCAAGUCUCCCGGCCUCCAACAUCACCUGGAGGUCACAAGAGGCCAGGCUGGAGGGCGCUAUACUCACUACCUCUCCUGGACUCUUUGGAGGUACUGAUGCAAGGUGA